UCCAAAGUUGCAAAAAAUAUAAAAUGGAGGUAGUGUAUAAAUAUAUAAAUAGUGAAAAAAAAAUAGUGUCAAUAAUUAUGGUAUGAGGGAGAAAAUAGGAAACCUAAAAAAUAAAAUAAAAUAAAGUAACGAACUAAAUUGCAAAGAAGCAAGUUUAUAAAGAUGCCCCACAUAGCCACAUACACUUGAUCUUAAAAUGAUCUUCCACCAACCAAUAACACAUCCACAAAAGGCCAUGUCACCAUUGCCAAAUGAAAUCAAAGAUAAGAAACAACAAUCACCCAAUAACCACCAUAGUUUACCUUACAUCCAUUUCUUCAUUCUUCCCUCCAUUUUCCAUCCAACCAACUUUCUUCUUCCAAUUCUAUCAUAAUGAAAGCAAUUGCAUCAGCUCUUCAUUCUUCUCUUUGUUUAUCACCUCCAUUAAUACCACCUUCAAAUCCUAAUUUUGAUCAAUUAACCCCAAAAUCCAAAAGCAUUCUUGUUAAUAACCCACUUUACACCCAAACUCAUUCCAAUAUCUCCCUCCAAUUCAAAGAAAAAAUCCUCUGCCUCGAAAUCCUCGGUAUCGAUUCCGGUAAGGCGCUCGCUCUUAACCCUUCCCUCCACUCGACUUCUCUUGACUCGAUACAUGCCAUUAUAUUAUACCUUCAAUCUAAAGGGAUCCAACAAAAGGACUUACCCAAAAUUUUUGGGAUGUGCCCUUUAAUUCUUACCUCCAACAUAAAAACAGAGCUUAACCCUGUUUUCAAUUUCAUAUCUUUUGAUCUUGGAGUUCCUGAUCAUAAUUUUCGAAAAGUGAUCAAUAAAUGUCCAAGACUUUUAGUUUCAAGUGUUAAUGAUCAACUUAAACCCGCUCUUUCUUAUCUUAAAAGACUUGGGUUUAAAAAUCUUGAGGGGUUAGCUUAUAAUGAUCCUAUCUUGUUGGUAUCAAAUGUUGAGAAGACAUUGAUACCGAAACUCGAGUAUUUGAUUGAGUUGGGUUUUAGUAGAAAAGAAGCUGUGAGUAUGGUUUUAAGGUGUCCUGCUUUGUUUACUUUUAGUAUUGAGAACAAUUAUAAUCCCAAGAUAGAGUAUUUUCUUGAAGAAAUGAAGGGUAAUUUGGAGGAAUUGAGGGAAUUUCCUCAAUAUUUUGCUUUUAGUUUGGAGAAGAGAAUUAAGCCGAGACAUUUGGAGGUUUUGGAGAGUGGAUCAAAGAUUCCUUUAUCAACUAUGCUCAAGGCUACUGAUGAAGAAUUCAAUGAGUUGAUAACACAUGGAAACAAGGUAGAAUUUUGCUCGAUGUCUUGACUGUCGACUGCUUUAGUUGGUUAAGGUUUUGGGGUGGUGCUAAAGACUUGCGAUUAAAACCCGUCUACAUCACAACCCUUUAUGUUUCUCCAUACACCAAAAGCCUAUAUUUGUCACGAUUUUUUUUUCUUGAUGUGCAAACUAGGCCUAAUUCAUCUUCGCCUUCCUAAAUUCAAAGAAGUAAGACUAGUGUUCGUAUAAUGUUAUAGUUGUAAUUUAUUUACUCACAAAUUUAUAAUGUAACUUUAGAUGAUUGUACAUAAAUCAUAAUCCUUUCUCCAUUGGUAAAACAUUAAUGUACUCUUUCCUUCUUUCCCCUUGUUCUUUUGUCCUUUGGGCGAGAAGUACAUUAGUUGGCAACUUGGCAUGUAACAAUAUAUUUGAAUAAUCAAAUAAUAAUACUACCUCCGGUUCAUACUACAUGCAAUUUUGGUGUAUUAUUUGUGAGAUACAAAAAAAUUCCAAAAUUGUAUAUAGUAUGAACCGGAGGUAAAUUAUAGCGGCAAGCUUCUGAUGAA